AUGGGCACCUUAAUGCACAAAUUAAUCUCUCCUCAGCAAGUUGCAUAUGUUAAAGGAAGAUGUAUUCAAGAGCAAAUUCUUUUAGCCUCUGAAAUGGUAAAUGAGAUGAAGAAAAAGAGGAGAUGUGGAAAUGUGGGACUGAAAAUUGACAUAUCACAGGCAUAUGACUCUAUAACAAAAUUGUCAGUUAUGGUGAAUGGUGGUCCUUGUGGUUUCUUUUCUGUUGGAAGGGGUUUAAGGCAAGGAGAUCAUUUGUCUCCUAUUCUUUUUGUGCUAAUGGAGGAAGCAUUGAGUAGAAGUAUUUCGAAAGCAGUUAAUGAUGGUCACAUAAAACCAAUGGUGGUUAGAAGAGAAAUGAUGCAGAAGAAGUUAGCUAGCUGGAAAGGAAAACUAUUAUCUUUUCAAGAAAGACUGGUUCUUGUAAAAUCAGUUUUAUGCAUCAUCCCCAUGUACAAUAUGGAAAUUUAUAAAUGGCCAGCUUCGGUUAUUAAGAUUUGUCAAAAGAUUAUAAGAGACUUCAUUUGGUCAGGUGACAGUGAAACAAGGAAAUAUACUGUUUACUCUUGGAAAAAGCUUUGUACUCCUUUUAGUGAAGGUGGUUUGGGAAUUCAGAGAUUGCUUUCUUCUGUGUGGCCUGGACUCAAAUGGGCUUUUAAUGCUCUCAAAGAAGAUGUGAGAUGGAACAUUGGUGAUGGACAAGCCAUAUCUGUAUGGUUUGAUACUUGGAUAGGUGAAGGACCAUUAAUUGAUAUAUUUGGUUUUACUUCUUACAUAACUGACAACAUUUUCCUGAAAGUUUCAGAUAUUUUUAAAAAUGGUGUAUGGUCUUUAACAACUGAAAUUCAAGACAUGCUCCAAAACAUCACACUACCAACUGCAGAUGGAAGGGAAGAUGAACUGAUAUGGAUUGGAGAUUUACAAAGUUCCUUCACUAUUCAAGCAGCAAUUAACAAGAUAAGAUUCAAGGAAAACACUUUACAUUGGCCAAAUUUUGAUGAAGUUUGGAAAUGUGCAAAGGAUACGAGUCCCUUAAUCAAACAAAUUUGGUUUAUUGCUGCAUGUAUCAUACUUAAAGAGCUAUGGUUCCAGAAAAACAAGAGAUACUUCGAAGAAAUAAAACGAAACUUACAGAGUUUCAAGAUAAGAGUUCUUAAGUUGAUUAACGAGAAUGGUUUAAGAAUUACUGGAAAUCAAUGGAACCAAAACUAUGACUUGGAAAUCAUUGCAAUUUUCAAUAUGGGUGUCAGGAAUUGUAAGUUUCAGGGAACAAAAAGUUGUCAAUGGAUACCUCCAAGCCCUGGAUUUAUAAUGUUUUGCUGUGAUGGUUCUUCUAUAGGAAAUCCUGGUGCUGCUGGAUUUGGUGUUGUAGUCAGAAACCAUCUAUGUGAAGUCCUUAGUGUUUUAUCUGGAGGUAUUGGAAUUGCUUCAAAUUAUUUGGCAGAAAUAUAUGUUGUGAUCUGUGCUCUGGAACUUGCAGUGGUAUGGGAAAUGCAGAGCAUAAUCAUUGUCUCUGAUUCAAAGACAGUAGUAAACCCGUUUAUGAAUGGACAUGUUCCUUGA